AUGUCACCACGCACGCCCAUUACAUCCCAACCGCCCACGUUCCUCCUCCCCUUCCGCGCAAAGCUGCACCAAGCCUCGACGCAGCAAGCCGCCAGCCCAACCUCGCAAUUCCACAACACCCAGCCCGAUAUCCCACCCACGCUUCUGCAGACGACGGACGCAACUGCGACGACGACGGCCUCCUCGUCCAUCACCACGACGACGGCGACAGUCACCGAGCCGUCCACGACCCAGUCGCUGUCGCGGCCGCUGGUGAUAUCUCGAUCUCUGCAGGAGCUGCUCCCGAAACUGUGCGUGCAGAAACCGCACUACAUCGUCGCCCAUGUCCAUCGGUUUCCCUACCUGCUGACCGAAGGCGACACGCUCCGUCUGCCCUUCCACAUGAAAGGCGUGUCGCCGGGCGACAUUCUGCGCUUCAACCGCGCCAGCAUCCUCGGCUCGCGCGACUAUACUCUCAAAGCCGGCACCAGCAAUACCGAGUCCUACGACGCCAAACGUACCGCCGAGCCCAAUUACCUGGACGAGCGGCUGUUCGAGUGCCGCAUGCGUGUGGUCGGGCUUGAGACGGGUCCGAUGAUGGACAAGGAGAAGAAGAAGCGGAGGAACAGGCAUCGCAAGGUCGUCCACAGCAAACACAAGUAUACCGUGCUGCGGGUGAUGCAGAUAAAGAUCAAGACUUUGGAAGAGCUGAACCAGGAGAAGGGCACGCUGCUGUUCGAGGCGCAGGAGGUCCUGGGCGGACAGGCUCAAUAG